UUUUUACCACGUUUUGCAGUUGCUAUUUUUACUGAUAUAAAUAUUUCGAAACACUAAACACUAAAAGAUCAUUUCGGUGGUUUUUAUUGAUAAUAAUUUUGGUAGAUUAGAUAUUGAAUUCAGGUGUGUCAAUUUUUAUAUUUUUAAACCCAAAUGUACACAUGAUAAAAUCCAUUUAUUAGCAGAACAUCGCGCGUUGAUCGUGUGCUUGACGUUGUACUUCUGCAUUAAUCUUAUGCAUGUACCUGUUUUCAGGCAUCUGAAAAGUGCAAACGAUGUCAGAUUUAGAUAUUUGCAAGUUGGCAUAUGAUGGCGAGUUUUCUGCCUUGAAAGAAAGAAUUGAAGCCGACAGGAGUGUGGUUAAUCAGUUGGACAAGAGUGACCGAGCAGUUCUUCACUGGGCAGCAUCUGGGAAACAUUUUGAAAUUGUACAGUAUCUUCUAGAGCUGAAGCCCCCACCAAACGUCAAUAUUAAAGAUGAUAGCAAUUGGACGCCACUGCACAUCGCAUCGUCAGUGGGCCAGGAGGAGAUUGUGACUGCCCUCAUAGGUCAAGGGGCAGAGGUCAAUGUAGCUAACAGGACAGGUCAGACACCCCUGCACUAUGCCGCAUCCAGGGACCGCCAAAGAAUAACAGAAAAACUGCUUGAGCAUGGUGCCGAUGCCAACAUUGGGGACCAGACUGGGGCGACCCCCAUGCACCGGGCUGCCUCCAAGGGGAACCUUGAGAUUGUCAAACUCCUACUCAACUACAACUGCAGGCUGGACUUGCAAGAUUGUGUUGGAAACACUCCACUCCAUUUGGCAUGUGAAGAGGAGAGGACGGAAGAGGCUACCUUGCUAGCGCAGCACGGAGCUCCAUUGCGCAUUCAGAACAAGGAGGAAAAGACGCCGUUGGCUCUGGCACCAAUAGGAUUGGCAAGGACACUGUCAAGUCUAAAAGACUGAGUGUUUUCCACACGGUUGGCAAUAUGAUACAUGCGUGACUGGGGAUGAAUACAGCUAUACAUGUAGAAUGUGCAAGUUUUGUUGAGGCUGAUCAAGGAAUGAGUGUCUCUGCUUCAGUGUGUCGGUGUUCGGACUCAAGACCAGGCCUUUAUGACACAAGAUCCCAUCCACAAGCUAAGACUCAUAUCUAUACCUUUCUCCAUAUGGACAUCUGUCAGAGGCGCUGUCUUACUGAGUGUAUGGUGAAUCUCUUCACCAGAUUUAAUCCAAAUGACCAUUACUGAAUGGCUAUGGAAACUGCUGUGGAUUUCUCCACAAAGGUUAGACACUGAGUGGCUUGCUUACUCGGUAGGAUGUUACAUGUAUGUAUUUCUGUCGCAUCAGUUGCUUGCGAAAGGCGAGUAAUAUUCCAAAGUUUGAGUAUACCAACUGUAUGCCAUUCAGUGUACUUUGAAUGUCCAAACAUUUUCCCAGAUGCAACCAAAACCGUUGCUAACACAUUUUUGGACUUGAAAUUUUGACAUCAGAAAGCCUUGUAUCACAGUGAUCAUAACUCUUUGUCCUAUAUUCAUCAAUUUCAAAACCUGGAGCAAAUCUUGAGGGCAAAAUUUCACAUGUUCACCGGAGUCCCAUUUUAAACACUCCCAGUCAAACCAUUGUCGAGCCUUUGGUUCACCAACAUUGCUGCUUGCGUUUUCUGCCUCUCCUGUGGUCACCUCCUUUUCUCACAUUUCCCUAUCGUUCAUGUCAUUGUUCCAAGGUUCCCCCUGUAAUGUACCUCGAUAUGAAGCCUGGCAGGCAGCUUUUCAGAACCAGCAGUGAAACUGUACUCCGGACCCUUGUUCCAAAUAAUGUACUUGGCUAGAUUUGUCCAACCUUUCUGUAUUCAAAUGGAGUUACUUGAGCUGUGGUUCACCAUAUCAUUGGUUCUGGAACUCAACUCUGGGUGUUGGUUCGGGCUGCUUUGGGGGCAGGAAGCGCAAGCAUGUCAUCAAAUGCUAAGUGGAUCACAAAUGAAUGGGAAAAAAGAUACAGCUACAGUGUUUCACCACAAAAAGGUGUUUAUUUAUUGGUCCGUGUAUUCCGAGUACAUGUAUAUAUAUUAACCUGUUCUACACAGAUACACUUUAUGUACAGUUCAAUGAACGAUCUCAAAUCUUCUACCAGUUCAAUCUCACUGGAACUGGAUAUUAGCGGUAGAGUGGAAUGUGUAAGCAUGCAGGCUCCGAAACAAACCGGCUUAACCUAGUUGUAUUUGAGUUGAAGCCGUUGGGGGUUUUAGAUUAUCUCGUGCAGUGCUUAAUUUUCGUUACUGCAGCUUCAAAUGCUGCAGUUUCACCACUCAAAAACUGUCACACUCGGCGGUGUUGAGUACUUCAACAAUUUUUAUAACUCAGCUGGAAAGUGCCCUGUUUAGAAUCAAUCAAACUUUGCCAGACUGCAUGUAGCUGCUGAGUAAUUUUUUCAUAACCUGCAAAUUGGAUGUGACAAAAAGACCGACAGCUACUAAACGGUGAUUGACAUUUACUCAAGGCAUUUUCAGCUGACCAGCAUCAUGAGUCUGGUGAACAUCUUCAGAAAGUCUUUCUGCCAGCCCUGUGAAAGUCAGUAACAACAUUGUCCCCAGAAGUUUUACAUGGGGAUUUUGUGCCCUGUAAAAAUUUAAUUAGAAUUUCAAUAGAAGUCAUUACUACGCUGCUGAAUUUUCCAGUGGUUUACAUUUAGUAGUACAGUAUUCUUACCAGAUCAACUUUGGAUUAUUAAACUUCAGACAGGACUUUAAGGCCAUCUGUAUAGGGUGGAGU